AUGCUGGCAGCACGUUCCCAAAGAAGGCCAGAGCAGAGGGAGCAGAAGGAGCAGAAGGAGCAGAGAGAGCAGAGGGAGCAGAGGGAGCAGAGGGAGCAGAAGGAGCAGAAGGAGCAGAGAGAGCAGAGGGAGCAGAGGGAGCAGAAGGAGCAGAGAGAGCAGAAGGAGCAGAGGGAGCAGAAGGAGCAGAGAGAGCAUAAGGAGCAGAGGGAACAGAGGGAACAGAAGGAGCAGAGAGAGCAGAGGGAACAGAGGGAGCAGAGAGAGCAGAGAGAGCAGAAGGAGCAGAGGGAGCAGAGGGAGCAGAGGGAGCAGAAGGAGCAGAGGGAGCAGAGGGAGCAGAGGGAGCACACAGGUGCCUUAGCCUCCACAGCUGCAGCUACAGCCACCUCCAAGAAUGACCCCCACGAAGACCGGAAUAGAACCACAAACCUACACACUGUCACGGUCGACAACAGAGGAGCUAACUAUAUAUAUAUAUAUAUAUAUAACUACAUCUAUAACUACAUCUAUAACUUCAUCUAUAACUACAUCUAUAACUACAUCUAUAACUACAUCUAUAACUACAUCUAUAACUACAUCUAUAACUACAUCUAUAACUUCAUCUAUAACUACAUCUAUAACUACAUCUAUAACUACAUCUAUAACUACAUCUAUAUCUACAUCUAUAACUACAUCUAUAACUACAUCUAUAACUUCAUCUAUAACUACAUCUAUAACUACAUCUAUAACUACAUCUAUAACUACAUCUAUAACUACAUCUAUAACUACAUCUAUAACUACAUCUAUAACUACAUCUAUAACUACAUCUAUAACUACAUCUAUAACUACAUCUAUAACUUCAUCUAUAACUACAUCUAUAACUACAUCUAUAACUACAUCUAUAUCUACAUCUAUAACUACAUCUAUAACUACAUCUAUAACUUCAUCUAUAACUACAUCUAUAACUACAUCUAUAACUACAUCUAUAACUACAUCUAUAACUACAUCUAUAACUACAUCUAUAACUACAUCUAUAACUACAUCUAUAACUACAUCUAUAACUACAUCUAUAACUUCAUCUAUAACUACAUCUAUAACUACAUCUAUAACUACAUAUAUAACUACAUCUAUAACUACAUCUAUAACUUCAUAUAUAACUACAUCUAUAACUACAUCUAUAACUUCAUAUAUAACUACAUCUAUAACUACAUCUAUAACUACAUCUAUAACUACAUCUAUAACUACAUCUAUAACUACAUCUAUAACUACAUCUAUAACUACAUCUAUAACUUCAUAUAUAACUACAUCUAUAACUACAUCUAUAACUUCAUAUAUAACUACAUCUAUAACUACAUCUAUAACUACAUCUAUAACUACAUCUAUAACUACAUCUAUAACUACAUCUAUAACUACAUCUAUAACUACAUCUAUAACUACAUCUAUAACUUAUGA